UGGAGGAAAGUGGUCUUCUCAAGCGCCCCAUAGCUGAGAUCCGGUGAGGACCACCCCCCUGGUGCAUUUGGACGAAGGGGAGUCCAGUGGUUGCAAGGGAAAGUUGGUUGGAAGACUCUGGAAGAGAUGCCCAGGAUCAAACCUUAGCCAGUAAAUGGAGAGAAAAGGCAGGACUUAGUAGCACCACCAAUUAUCCCGUCGUUGCCUUGAGUCAGAAAUUAGCCGACGAGGAAAGCAAUUCUUUGGCCCUGUUGGGUGCUUCCUUGGAGCACAGAUCAAAGAAGGACAAGCAAGAUUCAGCUGUCCCUGAAGCAGGAAGAGGUCUGGGGACAAUUAAGACUGAGAACAGUGUGGGAUCCGGCGAAAGAGCUAUGCAGAAGGUCCAGAAUGAAGACAGUGUCAACUCAGAGGUACUGCGCCCGCGCUGCCAGCAAUUCUGCUACCAGGAGGCCGAUGGGCCCCGGGGGUUUUGCAGGCAACUUCACGAUUUUUGCCAUCAGUGGCUGAAGCCAGAGCAACACACAAAGAAUCAGAUUCUGGAUUUGGUGAUCCUGGAGCAGUUCCUGACAGUCCUUGCACCAGAGAUGGAGAGCUGGGCCAGGGAAUGUGGAGUGGAGACCAGUUCCCAGGCAGUGGCCCUGGCAGAAGGUUUCUUCCUGAGUCAGGCAGAGGACAAGAAGCAGGAAGGGCAGCAGGAGCAGGGCCUGGUUGCAGAAACGGGCACUACAUUUCCUGAGGCAGAGAAGGCUCUAUCUGACACCGGAAAGAGACACCUACAAGGGGGGAUCAAGCAGGAAGGUGGAGAUGCCACGUUGCAGGGCCGUGGAGUGAUGUCAGUGAUACAUAUUCAGUCAUCAUCUCUGUUUUGCGGUGAAGGGAAAACAGCUUCAGUACAACCUCAUCAGGAUCUGGUUACUUUUGAUGAGAUUGCUGUGCAUUUCACUGAGGAGGAAUGGGCUCUACUAGAUCCUGGCCAGAAAGCUCUGCACAAGCAAGUCAUGGAGGAGAAUUGUGGGACGCUGACUUCGCUCGAAGAGGAUCGGUGGGAAAUGGAGAAUAAGAGAGAACCCCAUGGAGUGUCACUGAAACGAGACAGAGGAAAAAGGAGGGAACAGCAAAGAAGAAAAACUGAAGGAAAUCCUAAAAGAAGGAGUAAAUAUCCCGCUUUUCACAGCAACCAUGAAGUGGCAAUCCAAGAAAAAAUAGAAAAAAGAAAUGAAAAGAAUAAGUGUUGUGUAUGUCUGAAACAAUUUACUUAUAAAUCAAACCUUAAAGCUCAUCUCAAAAUCCACACCGGGGAAAAACCAUUUAAGUGUUCGGAGUGUGGGAAAUGCUUCAGCGUAAAGGCAAACUUCACAUAUCAUCAAAGAACUCACACAGGGGAGAAACCAUAUAAAUGUUUGGAUUGUGGGAAGAGCUUCCUUGUAAGCAGAAAUCUCAACAAACACCAAAUAAUCCACAAAGAGGAAAAGCCGUACAAAUGCUUGGAGUGUGAAAAGAGUUACAGUUCAAGCACAAGCCUCAUGUACCACCAAAGAAGUCACACAGGAGAGAAACCAUAUAAAUGCCAGCAAUGUGGAAAGAGCUACAGUGUAAGGAAAAGCCUCACAUACCAUCAAAGAACUCACACUGGGGAAAAACCAUAUAAAUGUUUGGAGUGUGGAAAAGGUUUCAGUAGAAGCACAAAUCUUACUUGUCAUCAAAGAAUCCAUACAGGGGAGAAACCAUAUAAAUGCUUGCAGUGUGGACAGAACUUCAGUAGAAGCACAAACCUUACUUCUCAUCAAAGAAUUCACACAGGGGACAAGCCGUAUAAAUGUUUGGAGUGUGGAAAGGCCUUCAGUAGAAGCACAAGCCUCACAUACCAUCAAAGAAUUCAUACAGGGGAGAGACCAUACAAAUGUUUAGAGUGUGGAAAGAGCUUCACUUUGAACACAAGCCUCACAUAUCAUCAAAGUACUCACACUUGGAAGAAAGCAUAUAAAUAUUUGUAAUGCAGGAACAGCUUCAGUCAGAGCUCAGAACUCAUUUCUUAUGAAUUCACACAGAUGAGAAGCCGUAUAAAUGCUUAGACUGUAGGAAGCGUUUUGGUGUCAAGACAAGCUUCAUGUACCAAAAAGAAUUUGCAUUGGGGAGAAGCCACAUAAAUGACUGGAGUGCGGAAAGAGUUUCAAUAGAAGCACAAGCCUCCGUAAACAUCAGUGAGCUCACGCAAGGAGGACGUGUAAAAUACUUGGAGAAUGGAAUGGGGAACUAUAGAAGUGCUUAAGAACAUAAGUGCUAUCCUGGAUCAGACCGAGGGUCCAUCUAGUCCAGCACUCUGUUCACACAGUGGCCAACCAGCCGUUGGCUAGGGACCAACAAAGCAGGACAUGGUGCAACAGCACCCUCCCACCCAUGUUCCCCAGCAACUGGUGCACACAGGCUUACUGCUUGGGGAAUGGAAUAGGAUUCAAUCACAAUGCAAUCAAUAUUUCUCAUUCCAGAGUGCAGUUAUGAAAAAUUCUGUAUAAAUAAAUGCUGU